GUCAACCACAUCAUCACUAAUCAGUCACAUCGUCAGUUCGUCGCCUCCUGCAGCUAGCUAGCCUAUACUUCAUCUUAUCCAACCCCAUGUGAGAUUAAUGCACACGCAUGCGAUUAAGCUUAAUUGGAAUGCCACGCAUGUCUCGCCGGGCGUCCCCGUGGCCGGCUCUGGUCUAAAUUUCAACCCGGACUGCCGCGCGCAGCAGCGCUGUGCACACGAUCGAGAUAACAUAGAAAAACAGGAAUCCAAAAUCCUGAAGCAACAUCAGAUGUCAUUCACAUGCAUGCAUGCAAGCAACCGUCCGUCUAUAAAACGCACACACACGUAUAUACCUUCGUUCAAAGCAUCUCUUAGCCAUCGAUCCAUCGAGUUCCCAAACCAACACAAGCUAGCUAAAAUGUGGCAAUCCAAAGCCAUCGUCUUCUUCUUCCUCCUGGCCGUCUCGCUCCGCGAGUCCACGGCGGCUCAGCCACUGCUCACAGCCAUCACUAAGAACCCUUCCACCUCCCGCUACACGGCUCCCCUCAACGCCGGCCGCCCUCUAAUCCUCGACCUCAACACCGGAGCCGUCACCACGCCCUGCAGCGGCGGCCAGACGACGACACGCGUCACGCUCUCCGCGAACGCCACCGACGGCAGCCGCCCGCUGUCCCCGGUCUCCUUCCCGGCCGCCGCCUCCUGCAGCUCCACGGGCGCCUCCGUCGCUGGGCUGGGCCGCUCGACGCUCUCGUUCCCGGCCCAGGUGGCCAGCACCCAGAAGGUCUCCAACAGCUUCGCGCUCUGCCUCCCCAGCGACGGCAAGACCGGCUUCUCCGGCACCGGCUUCGGCGCGGCCAUCUUCGGCGGCGGGCCCUUCUUCCUCGCACCCCCCGCGGACCGUCCCUCGAUCACCACGCUCCUCUCCGCCGGAGUCCCGCUCGUGCGCCGCCCGGCGACGAGGAACCCGGCGGCCUACUACGUCGCCGGCACCGGCAUCGCCGUGGACGGCUUACGCGUCCAGGGCGAGCUCACUCUGGGCCUCUCCACGAAAAUCCCUUACACGGCGCUCCGGUCCGACGUGUACCGGGCCCUGAUAAACGCCUUCGACCGCGCCAUGGGCCGGGCCGCCAAGGUGGCGGCCGUGGCGCCGUUCGAGCUCUGCUACGACUCCUCCAAGCUCUCCCCGUCGCGGCUGGGCUACCUGGUGCCGCAGGUGGACUUGGUCCUGGACCGCGGGGUGAACUGGACCGUGGUCGGGGGCAACUCCAUGGCCCAGGUCAACAGCGGCACGGCGUGCUUCGCGUUCGUCGAGGAGAAGGAGUCCUUUGGAGGCGCGCCGGCCGUGGUUGUCGGUGGGUUCCAGAUGGAGAACAAGCUUGUUGUGCUCGAUGAGGAGAAGCAGACGCUCAGCUUCACCGGGUAUCUGCCCGCCAUGGGCUUCUCCUGCAGCAACUUCAAUUUCACUACCUAGGGCUGCCUAGACGUGUGUAUGAAUGUCUGAUCGGUCAGCACCCUGAACGAUAUUGUUAAUCUGGAUAUGUUAAAUAAAAUAAAUGGAGUUUCAGACUGGAUUGUAUGCAUGUUAGAGUGAAAAGUUUGGUUUCAAUUUCUGUAAAGUAAUAUUUGCGCGAAUCAUCGAUCGCUUUCAA